GCGGUGAGAGAGAGAGAGUGUGUGUGUGUGUGUUUGUGUGUGUAUGUAUGUGUGUGUGUCUUCCAUGUUACGUAUGUUAAGCCAGUGACGCACAAGUCAGGUGGAGCCUUUUAUAGCGCGUGGAACUGUCCGUGGUCCUGACGAUAGAAACACCGCGCACGCACGCACGCACUCCCUCCGACACGGGAAGAGUGAAAACAACAAUGUUGCACGCUCCCCACGUCUUGCGCUGAAAGAAACACACGAGGCACACAAGGUGACAUCAUGCUGUCUGUAUCCAAUCCGUGGCCAGCCAGCCGCUCCCUGCCCCUCCUCCUGGUUGCUGUGGUAACGGUAGUGGGGGCCACAGGAGUGUGGGGGGCCUCCUUGCGGACGAAUCCGAUGCCGCAGGGGUCCAAAGCGGACCGAGCCCCCCCGCCGCCCAGCACGGAGAUGCUGCGAGCUCUCCAGUACAUCCAGAGCCUCAGCCAGCAGGAGGCCCCGCCCGUCCCGCCCGUCGCCCCUGGCAACCGCCGGCCGCUCCUCAGCAUCAGCCCCGGGGGGGGGAGAGAGGGAGAGAAAGGGGAGGGGCUGGGGGCGGGGCCGGGGGCGGAGCAAGAGGAGUGGCUGCAGGCGGUGCUGGAGACCCUGCAGGAAACAGAGAGGCAGGAGGGGGGCGGGCCAGACACCCCAAAGACACACCCCCAUGCCAUAAGCCCCGCCCCCCAGAGCAGCAGUCGGAGGAGACACAGGAAGUACCCGCUGAAGGAGGAGGCGGAGCGGGGUGGGCGGGGCAACAGCCUGAAACGGACCAAUGAGAACGCAGACGAGCAGUACACGCCCCAGAAACUGGCCACCCUCCAAUCGGUGUUUGAGGAGCUGCAGAAGAUCUCCGCCUUCAAGAGUGGGAACAAACGCCAGAGAGAUUACGAUGAGGAAGAGGAGGAUGAGGAGGAGGAGGGUGACGGUGAUGAAGACGAGGAAGAGGAGGACGAGGAGGACGCUGAGAGGGUGAGGAAGAUGGCCUCGGAAGAGUGGGACCCCCUGGAUGAACAGACCGAGACAGAGGAGGAGGAGGGUGAAGAUGAGGAAGGGGAGGAGGAAGCAGACAGAGGAGAGUUCAGCCAUGAGGAUGAGGACGCUGCUGCCCGGGAGAGGGAGGAGUAUGAGGAUGAGGACCUGCCCGUCAAGAGAUCCGGCCAAUCAGAGAGCCGCCUCUCCGCACGGGGGGCGGGGCCACCUGAUGACCUCAGCAGCCUGGUGGAUUACUAUGUGCUGAGCGUCCUGGAGAAGACGGAGCGAGAGAGGAGGAGAGCAGCGGAGGAGGAGGAGGAGGAGGAGGAGGAGGAGGAGCGGGAGGAGAGAGGAGCAGCAUCUCUGUCCCUAAUGCAGCUGGUUCAGCUCUCGGAACAGCUGGGCCUGACUCCAGACCAGCUGCUGAUCCUGCUGCAGGCCACCAGCAACCCACUGCCUCAGCAGGCACCUCUACGGACGCCCUACCAGCUCAACAAACCCCUUAGGACCCCAGCACACGUGCAGGCACCUCUACGGACGCCCUACCAGCUCAACAAACCCGUUAUGACCCAAGCACACGUGCAGGCACCUCUACGGACGCCCUACCAGCUCAGCAAGCCUCCUAGGACCUCCGCACACGUGCAGGCACCUCUACGGACGCCCUACCAGCUCAACAAACCCGUUAGGACCCAAGCACUCGUGCAGGCACCUCUGCAGACGCCCUACCAGCUGGAGCUCUAUUUAGCGCCCUUCCCUCCGGCCAGCACACACACACAGGAGAGUGUGUUCAGCAGCAGUCCCCACGCCCGGCCACUAGAGGCGCCAGAGGACCUGGCCACGGCUGAGAUCCUGCACCUGCUCGGCCUCCCCCCCGCCACCGCCUCUGACAUCAGCAGCGUCCCCCCCCUCAGGGGGGGUAACCAGCAGCACCCCAGAACAGCCCCCGCCGCGCCCAAACACCGCGCACCCCAGAACACGCUCGAGGACCUGCUGCUCUCAGAGAGGGCCACGGCCGACGGGGACGACCCUGACGACGACCCCGACGACGACCCUGACGACGACGACCCCACCGCUCGGCUGCAGGAGGAAGCCCUGGAGAGGCUGCUGCUGCUGCAGGGGGGGAGGGGCCGGAGGAGGAGGAGCGGGGGGGUCUCCCAGCCCAGAGCGCAGGGGCGGCUGAAGACGACGACGGACACACACUGGAGCUGAGAGCCCUGACCCAGGCUCUGGAGGACUACCUCCACCAGCAGCCAGACACCGGCGUUGCCAUGGAGACACGGCGUCAAAGUGAGCGCGAGGAGGCGGAGGACGGUAACGACGACACGCUGGAGAGGAUUCUGGGAUACUUCAGGCCGGAGCAACAGGACAGCGCAGAGACGGCUCGCCUCAGCUAGGAGCGAGUGAGAGAGAGAGAGCGAGAGAGAGAGAGAGAGCGAGAGCGAAAGACUGGACAUGUUCAUAUUAUAAAUACACAAACUCAUCCGUGUUGUCUAAUAGUGCAGUGAUACAUAAUAAAGUAUUUUGAAAGAAAGAGUGAA